UAAAAAGGAGCGCACAGGCUCCCCUUAGCAUCUUCCCCAAUUGCAAUUUGAGUUGAUUACUUGCCCCCCAAGUAGCUGAUGCUCUUGCCAAAUUCAUGUAUUUGCCCUGAUAUUCAGAACUAGAAUUUGUAAAAAUGUGAAAUUUUCUUUGCUUUUUACUGUGCUUUCCCUAUAAGUGACGAACAAAACAACAAGAAGUAUCCGGCGAAUCAGAGUACCUGCGUUCUUGCACUUGUGGCUCACCACAGCUACGACGUGUUUAAUACCGUGAUGCGCGUCGCCAGCAAACCGAGCAUGCUGGAAGUCUUCAUUGACGGGCGACGCUGACAACUCUGAUAGAAGCAAUACGAAGGACGAAUCUGUCGGGAAAAACGACAAACAUGGAAGAAUCACUCCACACCUGCUUCGGAGGCUUCACGGGUUCUUCGCCCGAGGCGCGCGUCAGCGGUUUGCCAUCGGCGCAGGCGCAAGAGCCCCCGACUAGACAAGCAAGAGCCUGCAUUUUUUACAGAAUUUGUUCCAGUACGACUGGCGGUACUAGGCUAACAGCACCCGCCGUCGCUGUUCCACCCUCCACCGCUACCGGAACGGCGAUUUUCAGCCGCGACAGACGAUGUCACAGGAAGCACGAGGAACCAACUGGAGGACCUUCAUCGCGAUCCUCGCUGUUGCAGCUCUCCCGAGCGGUCGUACUUUUUUUCAGCAGCGACAGUUAUCUUCCCGUUGUAUCCGGUUUUCAGUUCGUACCGCGAAAGGACCGCGGAGAUAGGACGAGCCAGGGUACUUCUAAAAAGAUGAGUGCACUGCAAAAGAAAAUCGUAGCAAAGAGGAACACCACCUCCAAGCGUCGUGCUGGUCCUGGUUUUGGUACAGCUUUUAUUCAUACCGGACCCGGAACAACGGAAGCGACUGCAAUAGCACGGAGGACGACCAGUAGUUCGGGAGAACAAAAGAGUCGUGGUAGCCCCUCUACAACGAGAGAAGAUUCAAGAGGAGGUUCUUCCACUACAGAGGCAGGUUCUCAUCCUCGCAGACCAACUGCAACAGUAUCUUCGGGGGCGAGUCAUGAUGAUUUCGGGUUGAUGUCAAAGUCAGAAGGUGAGCAAGACCUACGCCAAGAAGGGGAUAAUCUGUCUACAGACGACGAACAGGACGUGGUUCUCAGUCUGGUGCAAGAAGGUCAGCAAGAAGGAUUACUUUCUGCGGAGCAGCGUAAAGAGAAAGACCGGCCUUCCGACGGCGCGACCGAAAGCCAGAGGAAUAGAGGUCUUAGCAGCCGUGAGCGCAAUAGUAUAGUCGAAAAAGAAAAACGGCACGAUUCUUCCUUGCCUCCGUUCAUCUCGUCCGGAAAUAAAAGCGGCACAGCUACUACUUCUGCUGACCUGGUGCACGACGACAGUGAUGGGGCCAGUUUGUCGGAACGGGGUAGCAGGAGUUAUAUGCAGCUGGACCUUGUGUCUCAGAAAAGAGAUCAAACGACAGCGUCGACUUCAGGAGCCGCGGGGAGAGACGACGGAAAAUUCAUGUCACGAUCCCUUGCGGCUAGGGGUCUGGUAGAAGAAGUGAAACUACGGCGAGAAAAGAAAGCCAUCAUCUCGCAAGCAGAACUAGAAGAGCCGGGUGCGGCGCAAGACAAAAAGAUUUUUCCCCACGACCUACGGAACGGAGACCCGCUUCAGGAUGACUUUGACAUAGACGAAGACGGCGCGGGCGGCGAUGAUUAUAGCACUUUGGAAGUCGAGGAACGACACGUCGAAGAGCAGAAGCGGCUCGUGUCUCCCGUCUCGUCCCGCCCUUCGGUGCCGGACAGCGACCAUUUUUUAACGUCAAAGGAUUUUUUCUUGCAAAGCAGGGAGGUGCAGCAGGAACCAUGGUGGUGGCGGCCCCAGCCACAGCAAGAAUCGCAAGCACAGUCCGAAGCGAAAGUAUGUGGGUUGGACAUUUUUGACAGAUGUACGCAGCCACAAGGGGGAUGGGAGGAGGAUGAGGACUACGACUACAGCAGUUACAAGGCAGAAGUCACCACGGAAUGCAGCUGCCCGACAGGCACGAGUUGCUUUUUGAAAGGCGGGGCCGAGUUCGGGGUGUGCUAUGAAAAUCGCGAACAGUGCAUGUCGAAGAUGCCGGAAUUCAAGGCCUAUUGCGAGGUGAACUUUGACCCGAAGUACCACGAGGGGUGCGGGAGUCCGUGGUUGUGCCAAACUAUUGACGAGUACAACGCCUGCCUGGAGAAUCCAAACAAAGACGGCUGCAACCUGCCGGCAUUGGAUCUCAACGUGCAACUCGGCUGCCAAGCGGCGGACGGGAGCGAUUGCACGACAGCGGGCGGGGGGCCGUUAGACUGCUACAGUAAGUGUGGCCAGUAUUGGCAUUUGAACUACUCUACGAUUUGCAAAAGGGUCCUGCUCGUCGGUAAAAACAGCGAAGUAGCAGUUGUACUGGGUGAGCAUGUUGACUUGUUUUUUUGCAUUAGGUGGUCAUGCUAGUUUAGUAGAUUCUUACGCGGCUUCUUGCAUGUUUACUUUUAUGGGGAAGUGCAAGUGUGUCGCAAACGCUUCAAUGCGCGUCGCGUGCUCAGGGAACUUACUCUGACGCACAGAUUUUUCGCCCGUGACGAUGUGUGCCGACUGAGUCUGCGAGGUAUGAUGUUCUUACAAAGAAAAUCAACAAAAAGCGUCCACGUUUCUCACGCUGGAAACUCAGCGAGAGCCACGUGGUCCUCGAACUACGCAUGCUGUUGGCACGACGCAACAGGGACACUUUUGCCCACGAUACACCGUGGAGAAUGCGACGGCUCACGUUGUAGCAGGAGAGAAACCACAUUCAACGCCUGCAGCGCGUCGGCCCCCGUGGGUGCACCGAACAAGUACAUCGGAGCCUGUUGCAAAUACGAUUCCGGUGCGGCUGCAAUAAUAAAAAUACACACAGACGAGUAUGGCACUACAUAUCAGACCGGCUGCGGCCAUCUCGUCGACGUGCAAGCCGCCACGGGCUUGCCCACCCUCGGGACCGAUCCGCAAGCCAUGGGUGGGCUAUCCGGGCAGCCGAAUGUGUGCAUGGCCAUCCCUGAUUCGUGCGAGUCGGAGUGCGGCGGGCACGGCGGGGUGUGCGAGUUCUGCAACCCUGGGGACGGCACACAGGGCGCGUGCUGCAAGAAGUCCAAGACCGACGAGCAAAACACGCCGGAAGGAAAUCCAUGCAAUGCUCAGUUCUCGAACGGCAUGGUCUUUCCGUUCGCCGACAACAUGCCUAACAAUUCUGACCUGUGGAAGCACGAGUGCGUGGUGGUUCCCGGAAUCAUGUUGUAUGAAAGUGGACAACUCUACUACUUCGUCCCCGGUCCCCUUAUUCGUGAUGCAAAGUGCCAAAGAAGCCCAUCUUUUUUUAGUACUUCUUUUUCGUGUUGCAACAUGAAAACAAGUAGACGAAACAGCGAUACAUCAACAGCUCCGUCGAAUUCCAAUGUGGGCGCAGAUUUCAAUUUGUCAUGCAGGAGGUUGGUCCGUCAUGUUUCUAAUUACUUUCAAAGUUGUUAAAAAUACUGUAGAUGGCGAUGGCUUGUUUCAGAUGAUGAGGGAGAGGGAGAAGUAGCUCUGCGCACUUGCAUAAGUUGAGCACGACGACGACAACCACCACCGCCACAGAGUUGCACACGUCGCGCACGCACGGAACCGAGAUCGAAAUUCGAUGUCCCAACUGUGACAGUACACUGGGCCAGCCGCUGGACUGCUGGAGCGCUUGCGAUCCCGCGCAGCUCGAGUGGAGUGCGUGGUGCCCGCAGAGCUGCCUGAUCGCGGACCAGGAGUUCCGCGGGGCCUGCUGCCGAUUUGACCAAAACGUCAAGGCGAUCGAUGGGUUUGCGCCGCGGGAGUGCCAGGUCCUGGGGGCCCUGGACUUCGCGCAGAAGCCGUUCGGAGCCUCGGUGGAAAACCAGUCCGUGCUGAGUGGCAUCACGCAGAGCUACCUCGACCAGGACAAGACCUACCAUUCCUGCGUGGCGAUCCCGAAGUGGGUGUCCGACAACCACGUGAAGGAGGGUUGCAAUACCGUCUGUGCGGGCAGCUUCCCCGGCGUUUGCGCUGCGUGCACCGCGCGGCUGGAGGGCGCUGGGCUACUCGCCCCGGAAAACGAGAUCAUGGAAGCGGCGUGCUGUAAGAAGAACGACCCCGGCAUGGCGGCGGACAACGUGUGCCACGGCGCAACGGCGUUUCCCUACGCGGACCGGCUGGCAACUCCGGAGGCCCUGGACUACGAGUGUGUCUGGGUGCCUAAGACCACGGAAGAUACUUACGCGACACCAGUGCAGACGGACCCCACCUCCACGACGGAAACACCAUCGGGCGAGACGGGCGGGGGGACCGACUCCACUCCAACUCUACUCCAACACCCAGGUGGCAGUGGUAGUACAACCGCGGCCCCGAUGAUAGUACCAGAGGACGGAGUAUCAAAUGUGAAAAUGUCUGGGUCUGGAAGAGUCAUGCUGUUUUUGCAUGACACAGGAGGUCUGGCAUGGAAGCUCUAGCAUCACAGGUUUCGAGAAGCUUCCGCAUGACAAACCCCCCACUUUGGUGACAGAAAGUGCGCAGCUUUUGCUACCUAUGCAUGAGGGACUUUUCUGUGUUCUGAAAUGCGCAUCGCAAGUUUGUCUUCUUCCAGACCCAGACACAUUUGCAAUCCAUACGGAGAAGCCGACGAAGAAGCGCCAGUCGGCAUGAUCAUCGGCGGCGCCGCGGCCAUAAUCAUUCUCGUGCUCGCAUUGAUUUUCCUCGUGUUUUGCUGUUUGGCCAACCGGGACCACGACGACGACGACGACAGAUAUGGGAGUGUCACCAGGUAGUUCGAAAUUGACAAAGUUGAAAUCAUUUGCAAAGCAUAGAUCGAAAUCGACACCAGUUGGCGGACCCUCUAUUUCUAAACGGCGCAUGACAAUAAAUUUAGAACGCAACCAGAGCCUAUUUGCGAUGCUGCUAGGGGCAAAGAAGACUGCUGCUUUUGUCAUGCUCCUUCGCACCUCCAGCACCUCUACCUGUAAAAGAAACUAUCAAGCUACUUAAACAAUCGCCCUCAUUCGCCUUUUCUCCCAUACAGAUCUUUUGUGUGUUGCGUUUUCUUGUGCACUAUUUUCAACUUGCUUCGCCGAUUUCGAACCUGACGGUUCCAUAGAGACCGGGAGUACGCGUCCGACAUUCUUGAUACGUCCAUAGAGCCGUCUAUCAAUCUGAGCGAGGACGAGAAAGAGUCCGACCUACCGUCCCACAAGCACAAGAAGCACGUGCGCAGCAAGGACCACAACAAGCACAGUCACCAAAACUCCAGCACCAUGGGGGAGCCGGAAAUAGGCGACUUGAUGGAGUCCACGGAAGACAUCUACGACGACACUUAUAGUAAGAAUAAGAAGUCCAAGACGCGGCAGAGCAGAACGAAUACGCAACCAGCGGGGACGAUGAAUAAUUCCUCGCUGGAGAAAAAGGGGCUCCAGAACAACAAUUCUUCCCUCGAGAAGAAAGGACUGACCACCGGCAGUCAGCAGGAAAGCAGCACCGCCGUGCCCAUGGACAAACGGGCCACGUUCGAGGCGCCCUCCUCUGCGAGGGGGACCUUCACGGGCGGCAGCGGGUUUACGGGCGGCAGCGGCUUCAACUCGCGGCAGCAGCCCAGCCAGAUGACGGACUUCGGGCAGCGGCUGUCGCAGAUGCAGGUCGGCCCGGGGCACGCGGCCGAGGCGCGGAAGUCGCUGGCGCAAACCAUUCUGGCGGACAUCAACCAGAGUCAGAACUCCUACGCGGAAGACAUGGUGAAAAGCAAAAAAGCGAAAAAGAACAAGAAGUCCAAAGACAAACAGGGGGACGGCGGGACCAGCAACUAUACCAGUAGCAACAUGAGCUACUCCGACACAGACGCGUCGAAUACCAGUAGCGCGAGAAGUAGGAAGAAGAAAAAGGACAAAAAGGCGCGAGCAUCCCAACGGCUGUCUCAGCUGCCCACGCGCGCGUCACAGAGUCCCGGCCGCAUCGUAUGCUUGGUGAAUAAAGAAGCACACUGCACAAGCAUAGGAGACUGUUCUUGCAUCAGAUUGAUGAUUUUGCAUUUACGAUUGCGUGAUUGAUAUGGGGGGGGGUUCGACGAGAAGUACGACUAAGUCAAGUUCGCCUCCGCUGUAGAAAAGCUUUCUGAAAUGAUGCUAUAUGUGGGAGUGAAGAAUAUGAGAAGCCUCCUCCUCUGCAGAUCUGAAUAAAGACACCACUUUUGUCAUGGAAAUGGGUCGACGAAUUCUCCCCGCGGCGGGGAGAAACUGGUGUGGCAAGGUAGAUUGUCUUCAUGACUUCUCACAUGCUCUUGCGUGUGCUUCUUUCCUCUCCGAUACCCCUCCGCCUUCAUGAAUAUCUCGAGCCAGAUCAACCAAGCAGCGAGAAAGAGUAAAAGAAAUAAGUAGCGUUUAUGCGAUUUUUUAAAGCUCCACACAGCACGACUUUUUGUGCCCUACGUAGCUGUUUGCGCUUUGGAAAAUAGAAAGAUAGAUAAAUAGAUUAUUCCAUCGAAUUUUUUCUCAAUCAUUCUCCACGCACCCUUUUUUAGCAUUACUUUAGACAUUUACGCUUGUAUGUUUUCCCAUCUUGUUUGAGUAGUGUGCUCAUGUUUUUCGGAGAAGAAAUUCAAGAAUUUACGGUAGGAGAACGUGUCCUCAACCCCCAAGCUUACUAUUGCUCCACCCCUUUAGACCGAUAGUUUUCGUUGUCGAAUUAUUUGUUCAACUCGCUUUCUGUCGCGUACGCUAGAAAAAGGCAAGUAGCAUCAAAACCUG